AUGAACCAGUCCAAGAAGAUGGCCAUGGAGCAUUCAGAUCUGUCACAAGGCUUGUCGCUUUCUGCUGAUUUCCUGCCCUUGUCAGAUCUAGUGGAGAUUCUUGCCACUAGAGGACAUGCGGCUGUCUUGCAACAGCAGAGCGCGGGCAUAUCGUUCAUCCACUUUGUGCAGAACCAGCGACAGCGCCAGCUCCUACGGUCAGGCGAUAAGUGA